CUUCAGAUUGGAGAGGAGAACCACCGGGGAAGCUGCGAAUUGGAACCGACUGAUGAUUCUGGUCAUCAAGUACGGAGCUUGUGGCAAUAAAUACAAUGGCCUCUGCUUCAGAAAGGGAUACGUUUAGCAUCUCUGGACCUAUACAUCUUAUGCCUGUCAAUUGAUUAUAAAGGGCAUUGAUCACAUUUAUGCUGGUCCUUUUGUGCCUAAAAGCUGCUACGGGCAUUGAAACAUGAUCAGUUCUGUCUUGGUGGCUGUAGGAUCAUUAUAUAAAUUAGGCUUCCAGCAAACCAUUUUUUAUGAAGGUUACUUGCAGACUGCAAGAAAUGUGUGAUUGGAAAGAUGCCACAGAAUAUUUCUUCUCUUUCUCAAUAUCAUUCACAAUUUUCUUACCUUGCUUGCAUUCCAUUGGAGGAAAGAUCAACCUUUUUAUUAUUUCAUGUUGAAAAGGAAUUGCCAGCAUCACCGAAGAUCUGUUGCUGCAAGUCUAGUUCAGGGUGUGUAUGUUUUGGAGUGUGAGCGACAACAAAAUCACCAGGGCUCAGAAGUUCUUGCACCUCCAUGGUGGGAGUUCUUCCAUUUUGAAUUAAUCCGUAAGCUUGUUGAUGAUGCUGACUCCUCUUUCUUUGGUGCAAUCUAUGAGUUCAAGCCUCCUGCUUCCAAUCAAGACUCUAACGCUCCGAAGUUUGUCAUUGCCUUUAGAGGCACAAUCACCAAGAAGGAAUCCUUAACUCGGGAUCUCACACUGGACCUUCAUAUAAUUCAAAAUUGCCUCCACAGGUCGUCCCGGUUUGAGAUCGCAAUGCAAGCUGUUCGGAAUGUAGUCUCAGCUGCUGGAAGUUCAAAUAUUUGGUUAGCUGGCCAUUCUUUGGGAUCAGCCAUGGCAACACUUGCCGGAAAGAACAUGGCGAAGAUGGGUAUCCUUCUUGAGACCUUUCUCUUUAAUCCACCAUUCUUCUCUGCUCCAAUUGAAAGGAUCAAAUACAAGAAUGUGAAGCAGGGAAUUCGGAUCGCAAGCAGCCUGAUUACAGCCGGGCUAUCUGUUGCCCUGACAGCCCAUCAUGGGAAGCCUGUAUCAGAGGAUUCUUUUGCCCUUCUAUCAUCAUGGAUCCCGAAUCUUUUUGUGAAUCCAGGUGACCAUAUCUGCUCAGAGUAUAUAGGAUAUUUUGAGCAUAGAAGGAACAUGGAGGAGAUUGGAGCUGGAUACAUUGAGAGGCUGGCAACACAGAAUUCCAUUGGAGAUCUAUUCUUGACUGCAUUUGGAAAAGAAUCUGAGCCACUGCACCUUCUUCCAUCGGCAAAUUUGACAGUUAAUUUGAGCCCUUCUCCAGAUUUUAGAAAUGCUCAUGGUUUACAUCAGUGGUGGAAACCAGAUCAGCAUUUGCAAUCUAAGCAGUAUAUUUAUAGAUGAUAUAAAGGAUGAAGAGCUUGUGACUUAUUUAAUGGAGAGAGGCAGAAUAGGCAUGAUUCUUCUAAUCAAAGUGAUGAAGCGCUAGGAAGUAGUUUGUAAUGAGUCUCUAUCCUUGGAUAAUGUGUAUCUCUUUUUGAAUGGAAAUUGCCUAUAAGAAUUAUUUUCUGUGCAAUAUUGACUCGAGGUAUUUUAUACAUUA